ACUGGAGCAGGUGAGAGAGAUAGAAAAAGGAGAGAGGGAGGGAUACUUUUGUGCAGUUCGACGCAUACAGACGCACACAUACAACGUGGGAGCACGACGCACACGGAGCCUCAGCAAAGCCGCCGUUGUUCACACGCUGUGUCCUUUUGCUCCCCCUGGCACCGCGCGUGCUCUCCAAGUCGCACCGUUUGGAGAUCAGUGCGCAAAGGUUUCUUCUUCUCAUUUUGGAGCAUACCGUCUGGAGCUGAUUCCCUUUUGCCCCCAACUUUUUUUUCUUAUUUUUUCCUCUUUUUUUUUUUUUUUUUUUUUUUUGUUAGUUGGAUGACUACCUUUUUGUGUGUGAAGACUUUAAACUCGGGCUAAGGAAUUGUCAAAGUUUAUUCUCGCACAGAAUGGAAGGUAAAUUGACAAGUCGUUUGUGGCGAGGAUCACCGAGUGGAUCUUUCCGCAGGUAAAAGGCGCUAUGACCUGAGCGUGUGAGUGGCUGGAUUUCAUAUUCAUGGCGGGAUUUUACACGUUUUUCUUAUGAUAUAGAUCAGCUUUAAUCAGGAACUUCUUUUUUCACCUGGUAGGGAGUUAAGUAGGCCGCUUUCAAUUAAAAGUGAAUCGUCAAAGUAGGUAGGCUACAUCCGACGUUUUCGCCAGUGGCUCUUUGGGUUGCCGCAGAUGGUUUUAUUUGAUUGCUACCACAACAGUCACGCACUGAAAAGUUAAAGGGGAUGACGCUUUCCGCACACCGUCUUUUAAACUUUUCAUUUAUCCCGCUGACUCCCAUCAGACCUCUAAGCAGCUAAGCGCACGGAGCGCUUUCAGAGACUUCGGGGCGACUGUGCUCACCAAAACUCUAAACCUGAAUAAAUCUCAGCUUCACACAUUGUUCACUCCUAUCAAGCACUUUCCGAGAGAUCCGGAUAAAAAGAAGAGAUUUGCCUUCAGUGCAGCAGAAAAGGAAAUCUGAAAUCCACCUGGCCUGCAGUGGGAUUAUUAGGUUGAUAUCGUCUGCAGACAGUGGAUUACAACUUCUAACGGGCUGAGUUCCCUGAUCUGUGGCAGUAUGAACCUGGGAUUAGGUUCUGUGUGUCGGCCAGUUUGCUGGCCCUUUGGCAGCUUGUUGGACUCGAGACACUGCGUAUUUGCCCUCACGCUCCUCACACUCCUCAUGCAGGUGGUGGUGGAGGCCAACUCCUGGUGGUCUCUUGCCAUGAAUCCCUUACUGAUCCCAGAGGCCUAUAUCAUUGGCGCCCAGCCUCUGUGCAGCCAGCUGGUGGGCCUAUCACAGGGCCAGAAGAAGCUGUGCCAGCUAUACCAGGACCACAUGCAGUACAUUGGUGAAGGUGCCAAGACGGGCAUCAGAGAAUGCCAGUACCAGUUCAGACAUCGGCGCUGGAACUGUAGCACGGUGGACAACUCCUCUGUUUUUGGACGGGUCAUGCAAAUAGGCAGCAGAGAAACGGCAUUCACUUACGCCAUCAGCGCAGCAGGGGUUGUGAAUGCGGUGAGUCGUGCCUGCAGAGAGGGGGAGCUCUCCAGCUGUGGAUGCAGUCGUGCCGCUCGUCCCAAAGAUCUUCCCCGAGACUGGCUAUGGGGCGGCUGUGGAGACAACCUCAACUAUGGCUACAGAUUUUCUAAGGAGUUUGUGGACGCUCGUGAGAGGGAGAAGAGUUAUCCCAAAGGCACAUACGAGAGUGCACGCCUGUUGAUGAAUCUUCAUAAUAACGAGGCAGGAAGGAGGACGGUGUCAGAUCUUGCCCAUGUGUCCUGCAAAUGCCACGGCGUGUCAGGCUCAUGCAGCCUAAAGACCUGCUGGCUGCAGCUGGCUGACUUCCGCAAGGUGGGCGACGCUCUAAAAGAGAAGUAUGACAGUGCUGCAGCCAUGAAACUCAACUCCCGUGGAAAACUGGUGCAGAUGCACAGCAAGUUCAAUGCUCCCACGAGCCAUGACCUGGUGUACAUCGAGUCCAGUCCAGACUACUGCUUGAAGAACCAAAGCACUGGCUCCCUGGGCACAGUGGGGCGCCUUUGCAACAAGACAUCAGAGGGCAUGGAUGGCUGUGAGCUGAUGUGCUGUGGCAGAGGUUACGACCAGUACAAGGCCCAGAUAGUGGAGCGCUGCCACUGCAAGUUCCACUGGUGCUGCUAUGUCAAGUGCAAACGCUGCACCAAAAUCGUAGACCAAUUUGUCUGCAAGUAAGAAGAGCUGUCGUGCAGAUGAUGGGUGUGCAUCUGUGUGUAUUCAUGAGCAGUGAAGCAAAGGAGUGGAACAAAGAGAGAAUGGAAGAAAGAAACUAUAUAAAUUAUAUUUAUAGAGUUAAACAAUUAUUUCAUUGCAACAAGACACUCUUUUAUUUUCCUUUUUUUUUUUUUUUUUUUUAGAAAAAAAAACUUAUGUCUUGAGAAACUGAGAGUAUUGUGAAAUAUUUAUUUCAAGAUUAUGUUUUAUUCUAGCCCAGUCAUCACCAGCCAGUUUUUAAUAUUUUUUUAACCUUUCAAGUGCCUGAGACUGGCUGGAAACUUAUCCUAAAUUUGAUCUCAUCCCUUUUAUUCUUAUCAAAUGGGUCAUGCUGAUGCAAAAUUGGACUGUUCCGCCCAUUUUCUUGCAAGAGUUAAGUUUGAUAUUUGUAGCAUUGCUGCCUCACAGUUCUGUUGUUUAAGAAGGACUGACUUGAGAAGAGAAAACGUGUGUUGUGGAUGUUAUCUUCAAGCGGCCAGUCCAAGCCAGAAUUCACAUUGAGUACCCGCCCCCUCUCAACGCAUAUGCAGUAAAGGACAUUGUUGGCUUGUGCAAGUCAUGCAGUAUAAUGGCCACUAAACUAGGAAUAUUAACUUUGGGGGAUUGGGCCAUUUUUAAGCUGUCCCACAGGUUGUAACAUUCCCCAGGUGCUGCAACAAGCCCUUAACCAUUAUGCACUUUGAUACAGAGGCUUUAACCUGUCUGUAUGUGUCUGUUCAGCUGUUAUCAAUGUAUCCAUAUUAUAUCCUACAUUUUUUUCCAUAUUAAUGCAGAUUAUCCAUUUAACAUUAUUUCACAGUACUUAUCAUGAUUUGAAUAUAUCUGGGCAAUGUUGUGGUUAAAGUGGUGAAAAUGUCAGUGCUCUGUGUGUAUAUAGUAUGUCUAUCCAACCAAUCAAUAAACUGUAUUUAUUUUCUUUUAACCAGGAGGAAAAAAAAAAAAGGAUGAAAGCAAUCUCUUCACAAUCGAUAAAUAUUUAGUCCAACAUCCCCAAGUUUUA